CAGACAACGCUUGCCGUCAAAGCGAAAGUAACGAAAAUAAAGAGUGUAUAUAACAAUAAUAAUUUUGUUUAUUUUGCAGAUCAAGGAAACUGCUAAGACGGACGUGUUCCAGCCGGCGAGCGCCAUCGUGGAGGGUAUCAUGGUUGACGACCUCGAUGCACAGCAGACCUGGGAUGCACUACCUGGACCCAGCAGCCUGGCCCGUAUGGCGAACCGUGUGCGAGCAAAGCUGAGACCAGCAGAGCCACGUGACUUGCUCUUUGAUGCAACGGAGCUGGGUGUGAGUGAGCACCAUCAGACACAGGUGAUAAACUACAUGAGAUUUGCCCGCUACCAGCGAGCUCAGCGAUUGAGGGCAGUCGAUAUGUGCUUUGAUAAUGUUAAAGACAGCAGACUAACUGAUGAAACGUUCACGGUUGACGAGGUGAUAGAUAUUCUGGAUGGUCUCCUGGCUGUGGUGCGCGGGGAGGUGGAGACGGAACUGAUCAACACGGCUCACACAAACAUCCUCAUGAUGCGACAGAUGUUUAUUCAGGCCGAGAAGUGGCACCUGAAACUGCAGGCCGACAUUUCGGAACUCGAAAAUAGGGAUUUGCUGGAGCAGAUUAAGGACUUUGAAGAACGAGAAUUUUCAGGAGCAAAGCGUGAGACUGAAUUUACACCUUCAAAGUUAGCUCCUUUGAAUGAGACUGGUGGCACUGCUUUACUACACAUGAAAAUAGAAGAAUUGCAAGACGAAGCUGCUCGAUUGCAGGAAAGAAUCAAGUUGUGUGAAACACAGAUGACCGAUGAACAGAAACGGAAAGUGAGUCUGGCUGCUGACUUAGCAAAAUCGCAAGCUGAACUGCGGGGAAGAAAGAAUGUUGGUUCCAACGAAGAAGCUGAUGACCUUCGUCACAAGAUGGCCGAGUUGGAGACAGAUCUGAAGAAUUCUCAUUUGAAAAAUAAAAAUACUGCAGAGGGUAUGGAGACGGACCUGGCAGGAGCCAAGCACGAACUGCUCCGGAUUCGCGAAAUGCUCGAGAUGGCAGAGAAAGAAUUGGAGAAGAAAGUGAGCCAGACUGCACCAUUUAAAAACCUCAAACAAAUGUUGAUGAAGAAAAAUGACCAAAUUAAAGAUCUUAGAAAAAGACUGUCAAAGUAUGAGACACUGGAUGACUGAAAUUAAAAAAGGGACAAUUUAAUAUUUUCUCUGGCCCAUUGCUUAUAAAACUUUUAUAGAGUCUUGACUCAAAACUGUAAUAACAUUUUGAGACUUAAUGUCAUAGCAAUGCCAUAUAAAGUGCCGCAUUUGACAUUAUUGUAGAUUUGAGUCUGGAUGGUGACGUUUUAUAAGCAUGGCACUUUGUAUCUUAUUACAAACAAAUGCUCGUACGAAUAUAUCAGUUAACCAUGUGUGACUGAUGCCAUAUGAAAAGUAAAUGUUCACACCACUACAUCAAAACUUAAUGUUUGCACCACUACAUCAAAACUUAAUGUUCGCACCACUACAUCAAAACUGAAUGUUCGCACCACUACAUCAAAACGUAAUGUUCACACCACUACAUCAAAACUUAAUGUUUGCACCACUACAUCAAAACUUAAUGUUCGCACCACUACAUCAAAACUGAAUGUUCGCACCACUACAUCAAAACUUUAAUGUUCGCACCACUACAUCAAAACUUAAUGUUUGCACCACUACAUCAAAACUUAAUGUUCGCACCACUACAUCAAAACUGAAUGUUCGCACCACUACAUCAAAACGUAAUGUUCGCACCACUACAUCAAAACUUAAUCUUCGCCCCACUACAUCAAAACUUAAUGUUUGCACCAGUACAUCAAAACUGCAUGUUCGCACCACUACAUCAAAACUUAAUGUUCGCACCAGUACAUCAAAACUGCAUGUUCGCACCACUACAUCAAAACUUAAUGUUCGCACCACUACAUCAAAACUUAAUGUUCGCACCACUACAUCAAAACUUAAUGUUCGCACCACUACAUCAAAACUUAAUGUUUGCACCAGUAUAUCAAAACUUAAUGUUCGCACCAGUACAUCAAAACUUAAUGAUCACACCAUUACAUCAAAACUUAAUGUUCGCACCACUACAUCAAAACUGAAUGUUCGCACCACUACAUCAAAACUGCAUGUUCGCACCACUACAUCAAAACUUAAUGUUCGCACCACUACAUCAAAACUGAAUGUUCGCACCACUACAUCAAAACUGAAUGUUCGCACCACUACAUCAAAACUGAAUGUUUGCACCAGUACAUCAAAACUGAAUGUUCGCACCAGUACAUCAAAACUUAAUGUUUCUUACAAUGAUAUUUGUACUACAUGUUAUUUAUUUCUAAGCCAAUUGUUUUCUAAAUUGCACACAUUUGUGUAAAUGAUGCCAUAUGAAAACUGAAUGUUCGCACCACUACUUCAAUCAUUGUGUAUCUCACGACUUCCUAGACAAACAUACUCACCAGUAGAGCUCACUUUUAUGAAUUUAGCCAUUAUGUGGAGUAGACUUUUCAUUAUUUUCUAUCACUUACAUAAUAGUACAGAUGCAGUAGACAGCAAUACAAGUACAUGUAUAAUGAUUUGGUUACAGACUUCAGUUUGGUAAGGGGUUAUUAAUAAGUAUAAAAAAAUUCACAAGUGAACAAUAUUCUUUUUUCUAAAAAAAAUAAAAGGUUACCGGGUAUGUGUGAAUUGAGGUUACACUUUUUAAACUGCUGAGGUACUUGUAACAGUGAGUUGCCUCCCUUGUAUGUGUUUACAAUAAUAUAAAUGUGAUUGAAAGGUUUGAUAUUGUAUAGAUAAUGUUAAAAUCAUUAUAGACCCCUGUGAUUGGCAGAUUUAGAGAGGAGUCACAGAGAUUCCGUGACCCCCCCCCCCCCCCCCCCCCUCCCCCAUCUAUUUGAAUUGCCCUUUUUUUAAAUUUAUCAUCCUCCGUAUAUCCAUCCUCAAUAUACAACACUCCGUUGUCCUGUAAUUCAUCUCCGGGUAUCUCUGGGUAUUUUUCUAAAUUUCUAGGGAACCCACCCCCUAAAUCCUACACUGUUUGGGAGCUUGCCUCAUAUACCUUCAACAAACACAAACUGUUGAGAAUUUUGUGACCCCCCCCCCCCCCACACCACCACCACCUCCCACCUUACAGAAUCCUAGAUGUGCUCCUGCCUGUAACUCAUUGCUUUGUUCUGUUGUUUUAUUGAGUGGGUGCAGAUGAAGUAGUCACACAGUUUUCACUACUCAAACAGGAUACUGGAAGAUUUGUUUUGCCAUUCUGUUUCACAGAUCACUAUCUUUGGAAUAAUGUAAAUUAUCAUAGUGUACAAUUUGACCCCUGUUCUUACCGAGUUAUCUUUAUUGUAUUAUAUGACGGGUUAAUUUUGCUGCAUGUUAUGAUUAUUGAAUCAAAUUUAGGUAUUUUAUUACUCAAUCAAAUUUAGUGUUUAUUGUUACUCAGUUAAAGCAGCGUUCUUAUUAUUCGAUUUGUCGCACCGACUUUUCACAUGCGAUUUGUCGUAGUGACUCGAUUUGUUAUAAGAUUCUGUGACGUCAAAUGAAGCUCAUCAGAUUAAAAAUAUUUUGCGGGAAAGGUAAGUGCAUACAAACUUUCACUGAAAUAAAGAAAACAUGAAUGUAGACAAUUUACUGAUGGUAUUAUGUACCAAAACAAUUGUUGACCACAUCUGGACAAUAAUAGGUUUUAUGGACCCAUGAAAUCCAAACAUUUUGACAUGUUUAUAAGCAAACCCCCAAAAACCAGAGGUGACAAAACUGAAUGGUUGAACAUUAAUGUGAUGUGAUUGACUGAAAACUUACAAUUUGUCUUGAGAAAUAGGACAUGUUCUAAUCGGAACGAUUCCAACACGACUUGUCGUAUAAGACUAAAGUUGUUCUGAUUUAGAUGUUCUCACAGUAUGAUUCUAUCGCAUGCGACAAGUCGGUACGACUAAUCGCAUAACGAAAACACCGUUUAACUUCAUAUUAUAUGCUGUGUUACUGGUUAUUUUUCAUCGUUUUAUACAUUUAGUGCAUUACUUGUAUAUCUAGUGCAUCUUGUAUAUUGUUUGUAUAUCCGAUACAUUUUAUACCGAUAAUAAUCUCUAAAAUAUCA